AAUUAGAAGUAGAACAGAUAUAAAGUGCUUCGUUUGACCUCUCAUAUGAGUACUUAAAGAUAAAUUUUCUUCCCAUAAAGAAAUUCAAAUUUGGCGCCGGCAUGGCCACACCUACUCUCAAACCUGAUUGGUCAAUUGUCAUUUAGACGUAAUUCCUAACCUAAAAAAUUUGUUUGAGUAGAGUAGGACACUAAAAACAUACUCUAUUUAUUAUAAUUUUCCCAUACUAUACCAAUAAAACUAAUUAAAUUUAAAUAUGACCCAUAUUUCGCAAUGUUUUAACAGUAUCGCCCAAUAUCUCAACACUCCCGUUGGCAAAAUAACCAAGCAAGAGCAAUUGUAUGUAAGAACAAACCGAGACCAUACUGUGGCAGGCACUAUUAAUAUUAUAUUUACGUUAUUAAAAGAGUCAAAAUCAACUUUAGGGGGAAAGGAUCCUAUAGAGGAGGCCCUUAUUCAUCAGUGGCUCGACUACGCUCUUGUUUAUGGAGUUAACGCUAAUAAUAAUCAAAGUGUUCAAUCAGUUUUACAGCAACUCGAUGGGAUAUUGGCUACAAAAACCUAUUUGGUGGGCAACAGGCUUACUAUAGCAGAUGCAUUUCUCUAUUAUGUACUUUUAAAUAUUAUGACAAAUUUGACGUACCUAGAGAAAGAAAAAUACAUAAAUGUAUCCAGAUGGUUUGACAAUAUUCAACAGGACGCACAACUGAGACAAAAAAACAGUUUGGUCAAUUUCAGUACCAUUUAUUUGGCUAAUUUAGUGCCAGUGCGCCAUUAAAAGUUCAUUAUACUUAACUAUUUAUUUUCUAUUUAAUAAAUAUACAAUUUUUACACUCA